AUGGCAUCGGCUGCAGGACUUCUUUCAUGCUCCAAUGAAGUACUGGCAAUCGUCUUCAGCAAUCCAAGCUUGAGUAAGUGUGAUCUUAAGUCACUGCGUCUGACUUCGAAAGAAACAUGUUCGGCUGCGACGGUGGAGUUCGUGAAACUCUUUCUCAUGAAACCAUUCAUUUUCCCAUCUCGGGGCGGUUUACAGUUCCUGGUGAACAUCUGCAAGAAUCCGAUCUUGAGCCCUCACAUCAAAUCCAUUGGCUUUUUAGCCACAAUAGUGGACAUCCGCAGAGUUGGUGGCCUACGCUUGCUUUCGCUGCCCAACGAAGUCUUGACGAUAAUGUGCGCGGAUGAGGAUUUGACAGCCAACGACCUUGCAGUCAUCAGACUAACCUGCAGAGAGCUUAAUGCUGUUGCUACGACAGAGUUUGCUCAAAGAUAUAUUAAGGAUCCCUUUGUCAUGAUGACGAGAAAGAGUCUGCAGGCACUAGUAGACAUCUGCAAGCACCCAAUCUUUGGACCGCAAGUUCGCAAGGUGCAAUUGCUCAGC